AUGAGAUUCGGAAGACGGCCUCGGACAGAGGCAGCGGGGGCGUGGAAUCUGCGAAUAAAUGGUGAGCAAUCAUGGAAGCCCUGGGGUGUUGGCCUUGAGCGCAGGCUAAGAAGAACAGAAAAAUGGUACCGCUCGCGUCUUCUUAAAGUGAACCUGGACGACAAGGAAAUCCACCGCAAGGUUAAGGAGAUCUUUGAGAAUCGCGACCAAAUUGAUCUGGAUGGAUGGAUCGAGGUCCCAUUUGCUCAUCCACUCCUAUCGAGUUUCCAUCGCUCAGUCACUAUCGACCUGGACAUGGAUAUGAUAAUGGUCCGAGUUUGGAAUGCUAUCCAAGAUGGGCCCCGGACGAUGAAAACCUUCAAGGCUCAUCUUACCACUGUCUAUAACAGUCCUAUAUUUUCCCUUGAGGAUUGGAGCCAAGAAGCUCCUCAGUUCCCUCAGCUGGCAAGUACUACCUUGAACAAAACAACUUCCAUUGUCACGAAGGUAUUAUCGCGCCUCAACAUAGAGCUUCCCACUGCUAUGUUCGAACUUCAGCAGCGAUUCUUUAUUGAUUUUGUCCUGAUAUGGAGGGACUGGAUUGAUGAUCCUUUGACUUGGAAUCUUGCCAACCCGGCAUUUUAUGCCUUUUCGAGGGCUUUUCUUCACCUCGCGGCUUGGGACUUCGAGAUAUCGCAAGAUCCAAGGGGCCACCCAAUAAGGCCAGAGUCUUUUCCCGAGUGGAAAUAUCCAAAUGCUGACAUAUAUUGGUUUCAUGGAUUACUAGUGGUCCUAGAGGGAGACGUCCGCUCUCCUGACUCCGUUCACCUAGCUAUUGAGCGGGCUAGGAUGCUUCUUCCCAACGCCCAAUUUCAACACCGACGGAAAGUCCACUGUGUUCUCCUCUCACCAAUGGAUGUUGUUCUUAUCGAGCUUUCGCAACACACGAUAACUAGUACAAGGCCGUUUCCGAUAGUCACCAAUCUCGCGGCCUUGGAAGGCUCCCCUGGAUUUCGGCUUCUAGCACAAGUAUUCUCUACAACGCGCUGGAAAGAGGACUACAAUUUCAGGGAGAAUUGGGCCUCUCGACUUCCGCCGGAAAUUCUCACUAUUAUCCUGGAUCAAUCGGCGCCAAAGGAUACUGUGGCACUUGCUCAAGCUUCAUUCGCAUUUGAAGAAUCAUACUAUGCAUCAUUACCGCAACUGUCUUACAUCAAAGGGAUAGAAAAUAUGUUUCUUUCUGUCCCUUGCUGCGAGAAACGCGCUGGGCUAGAAAAUGGACUUUUAUGUUCCCAAUGCUUGACAUGGCAGCAUCGAGGUUGUACUGAUCCUAAAUACCUCAAUGACGACGAUUUCAUUUGUCUAUCCUGCCAAGUGGAACCUACUGGCUUGAAACUUGAGCCCGGCGGAAUUCAUCAAUCAAGUUAUGACCUCAAACGGAGACUACAUUACGCCAGAACUAACAGCCGGUUAACGGCACCACGCUUAUGUUUUAGAAAGGCUGGGGGAUGGUACUCUGGCGGGUUCAAUUUUGUGAUACGCCAUAACGGGAUGUUUUCAGGGCUUGCUUAUCUCUACUACCCCCAUGAUAAACAAACAUUAGCAUGA